AAAACCUUCACCUCCAUGCACGAGCUGGUGACGCACAUCUCCGUUGAUCACGUGGGAGGUCCGGAGCAGAACAACCACUCCUGCUUGUGGCAGGGGUGUGCCAGAGCGCUGAGGGCGUUCAAGGCGAAGUACAAGCUGGUGAACCAUAUCAGGGUGCAUACGGGAGAGAAACCCUUCCCCUGCCCCUUCCCCGGCUGUGGAAAGGUCUUCGCUCGCAGUGAGAACCUCAAGAUACAUAAAAGGACUCAUACAGGUCAG